UUCUACCCCUUCCCCCCCCCUUUUUUUUUCCCACUCUUGCCUUUUCUAUAGAUCUCCUCUCUCUUUUCCAAAGAACUACUUCAAAUAAGACUAUCAACAUCGAUUUCCUUUUCUUUCUUUUUUUUCUCUCUCUCUCUCUUUUCGUGUGUGAUAAAUACUACUAAAAAAAAAACGAGGUGUGCGCUGGUGAGCAUCCAUCAUACAUAAAAUGUCCCAAUUUUUACUUUUACAAAAAUACUUUCAAAAUAUCAAAAUCCGACCCUUCAUGGAUGGAUUGAAUGAAACCGUGUUUCAAGGGUGGUCUCAGAUGCAUAACCUACUCUUUUGGAUGGUCUCCGUGAUGAGUAACCAUUGGAAGCUGAAAGGAAACGGGCAUCAGACGGCGGUGAUGAACGGUACUAGCUUUUUAUCUGUUGGUAACGGUGGUAGUGGUGAUGAGACCGUCCCAUCAUCACCUACAAAACCAUCCCUGCAUAAACAUCAGCAUAAUAUAAACAGAGCACAUAAAAGUCCACAGGCAGCGAUAAAGCACUCAUCCUCUUUUAACCCAGCAGCAACUGUACCAGGAACGAUCCAUUUCUUACAACAGACAAAACCAAAAUCGAGUUUGGGAAAGAUGAAGCAUCCGCUCGCUACCAUAGAUACGGGUGCUAAUUAUUCUAGAGAAAAGGGAAAGGUGGUUACAAAAAAACAGUCGCUUACAUCCAUGAAGAACCAAAUGUUAUGGUGGAAACAAAAACUUAGUCAUAGGCCGUCAGCCGAAGAUAUGAUGAUCUCUCCUACAGCGACAACGAUGAUGACAACAAGCAUGUCCAAAAAAUCCUUUUUACGCCGUGGUAGUGGUGGUGGUGGUGGCAACACUAGUGACAGUAGUAGUAGUAAUAGUAGUAGUAGAUCAGAACCACCGUCACCCACCACUAGCUCUAUAUUAAAAUCCAUUUCCUUUAAAUUAAAACGACAACAAGAAACUGUGUCGGAUUCGACUGAACAUCUUGGUAUGCGUCGUCUUUCUCUCUCUCAUUUCAAAAGAAAGAAC